GACAGCCCGUGGUACAACUGUAGAAACAAUUUUUUUUCUGGUAGUUCAAUAACAGUCGCUAAAUCAAUAUAAGGCGCAUUACCGCCACCUACCGAAUUGGAAUAUGGAGCAAAGAAACAGGAGAAACGAUCACUGCAAUCAAUAGCCUGCAAAUUCCCUUUUGGAGAUGAACUUUGAACUGCCUCUACAGCCUGGCAUUUUUGUGGUGUGAACUGAAGUCUCAAAGAUCUAGGAUAGUUGUGGCAUGAUAAUGAAGAAAUCGCUUUUUGUCAGGCCUUGACAGCUUCACUGUCUGAUACCGGAGAAGACUAUGAAAAUUUCUGGUAACUCACAUCCAGAUAUCUUGGCAUUUACAAACAACAGAGGAUAGAUUGGAGUGGGAGCAGAGGGCGUGAAUAUAACAACACAAGCUCAUACCACCCAUGGUGUUGUGGGAGGCUCAGUCUUACUUUCUAUACAGUACACAGCCAGCAGUUCUGAGAUUCCUGUCAUUCAGUGGCAGUUGAAGAGGGACAAGCCUAUCCCUUUGGUCCAGUCCUAUGGUACCCGUAUCCUGGGCAAGUUACGGCCAGAGUACAAGGAUCGUAUUGUGGUCUUCCGCAAUGGGUCUCUGUUGAUCCACAACCUGCAGCCAACCGACGAGGGAAUGUAUGAAGUUGAGAUUGCAAUCACAGAUGAUGCCUCCACCGCAGUGCAAACACUCAAUUUAACUGUCGAUAUCCCUGUGACGAAGCCCGUGGUGGUCUUAUCAUCCUCCACAGUCUUGGAACUGAGUGAAUACGUAACAUUAAACUGUUCACAUGAAAAUGGAACAAAACCAAUAUAUACAUGGCUGAAAGGAGGAAAACCCCUAGAAAGUGAUGAAAGGUUCUCUUUGUCCAGCGAUCAGAAAAUACUGACCAUCUCACAGAUCCACGUAACUGAUGAUGAUAUUUACAGCUGCACCGUGGAGAAUCCAAUCAGCAGCUCUCGAAGCACGCCAGUCAAACUGACUGUGUACAGGCGGAGUUCUUUGUACAUUAUCCUUUCUACAGGAGGCAUUUUCAUUCUGGUAACCUUGGUUACUGUGUGCGCUUGCUGGAAACCAUCAAAAAAAAAUAAAAGAAAAGGAGAAAAAGAGAGAUCCCAAGGUCCUACAGAGCAAAAAGAAGAACAAGCCAAGCAUGAAGUAGAACUGCUACCAAAAGCAGCAGAGCACAAACGUGAGCGAAAGAACCAUAAGGGAUUAUACGUCAUCAAAGAAAAGGAUUCUCCAGAUGAUGAGGAAGACUCCCACAUUGAUCCCGAGAACACAGCCGAACAGGCUGGAUUCAUCGUUCCCUCCGUAGCUCCGGCUCGAUCCCCAAGACCAGGUGGCCAAUCACCUAGGCGGUAUAGCAGGUCUCCUGCUCGAUCUCCUGCUUCCAGCAGAUUGCAGAAAUCACCAAGCCGAUCUCCCAGCUCACCAUCACACCAGAGAGGUGGCAACCGCAUUAUUCGGCCAACAGGAGUUCAUAUGAUCGUGGAGCAAGACGAGGCUAAUACAGAGGAAAAUUAACACUUAGAAGAUUUUGUAUCUUCCUUCACAGACAUUAAAUAUAUAGUAGGUCCAGAAAUAUCAAUAUCAAACCCUGGAACAUAUCCAAGGUCCUCCCCCUCACCCCCAAUAACUGCUUUUCCCGAGUGUAUAUGUAAUUCUGGUAAGCUUAUAUCCUGUAACUAGUGUUCAACAUGGAAGCCCUCGGUGUAAUUAUUUAAUGUUCCAUUUUUAAAAUGUAAAUGGAAUUAUUUCCGAUUACCCUUUGGGUAAUAAGGAUGCAGAAGCUAAAGGCACACAGGUGUGAAAUAUGUUUGGUUUAGGGUUUUGGCAGAUAGCCUUCAGAAUCCUCACUCUUAAAAUGAGCUCACCUCUCCUGGCAGGUGAAUAUUUUAUCAGGACUCACAUGGAUGAAAACGAUCUCAGUAUUGAUCUGGCAUAUCCUAGCUGAGGACUCAGUAAUUAGUUUCUUUGUCCUUGGGUUAGAUGUGGAAUGGAAGGUUUCAUUAUCUUGUUAAAUGGUGCAUGAGUAUGGACAUGGAGUAUAGGCCUGUUAUGAUCCUUUCUUCAGCACAUAUAUGCAUGAUAAAGAAUGGUCAGUCUGCAGAUGUUGAUCCAUUUCCAGUAUGGAAGAUAAUUGAUAGUUUUACUUGGAUACUUACACACUUUCAAGGACCUGAGCCAACACCACAGUUAUUGAUGGCAGUUGAGCACCUCAUAUUUUCUAGAAGCUGAUUUCAUUCCAGUGGGUCCUACUGUGAGGUGACUUCAUUGAGGUCAGACAACUCGCUUGAGAACAGUCCUUUAAGAUAGGUUGGUUAGAGAGAAUUCAAAGAGAAUAGCUAAUCUAAAACAGAAAGAAAAUCACUGCAUAAUCAGAUACAGAAAGCCAGGAAAUGAAGGUAAGAAAGCAAAUGAUGGCUCAAGCAAUGAUGUGAUGGUUGUCUUUGUUUCUUCUAGAUUUAACCCAAUCAAAAACAGGGCACCAAAUUGAUCACUUUUAUAUUUCAGGCUCUAAUGGCAUACCCCAUUGAUUAUUCUAUACUAUAUAAAAACCAGAAAUAUGCAUUAAAGAUGAUUUCUGGUGACUUGGUAAUACCUGAUAAUCAUCCACUAACUUCCUGAUCAAAUAAAGUUCAUGCAUCUUCACAUCGAGUAAGCAUGGGAAUUCAGCUUGGCUGAGAGGCUUCCUUCAGUCACAGUAGUUUUCUACUGUCAUCUAGGCUCCUGUACCGAAAAUGUCCAAUUUGAUGAGGUGCUGGAGUGCUACUAGUGCACAACUUGCAUCCCAGCACCUCCGAGAGAGGGGAAGAGACAAUCAGGAAAUAGACUACAUUGGAUACAACCUUAUCCAAAUAGUUUUGGGUCUAAAUAUUGGCUGGUACCUUAAAUUAUUCAAAUGACCCAUUAAUUUCUUUGUCCAAAGACACAGAUUCUGCAGAUAAUAAGAUUGCUGAUGGUGAGUGAGAUGGAACACUGUAGAGCAGAUUCAUCACAUCUCCCCAGGCAAAUCCUAUGCUGUUGUCAACCAAAAUAUUGGCGCUUAUCUUCUUCCCAUCCUUCCUUAUUGACCAGCAGUCAUGAACAGGAAGAUGCUUUUCCUGUUACUAGCUUUCAAUGACAAACUCUCCAAACUUGGCUUGUAAAUUGAACUUUAACAAGAAAUUACACUGGCAUGCUUUUCCUUCCUAGUCUCAUAGCCUCAUUGGCAUUUACAUAGAAGAGAAAGAAAACAUCAUUGUUAUGAUGUUCAGGAAACUGAUGUGAUCUGUGAAUGCCAACCUUGUGCAGAUUCCAACCUCUCCCAAUUCUCUUAUUCUCCGAUCUGGGGAUCCAGAAUUCUUGAAUCAGUCAUAAGAACUCGAUCUCAGGACUCAAUCCUUUCCUCCUCAAGUCUCCCUCGUCAUUUCCUUGUAAUAUUCAGCUUGAAACCAUUAUUAUUUUUGGGAUGUUUACAUUUCUUUCAAAUAGAAAGAAGUUGAAGCCCUCAACAAGGUUAAUUCACAUUGAAAGAAUGCAUGAUUUUGUUUGCAAAACAACCCUGGUGCUUGUAUGUAAAUUAGGAGCCAACAUCACAAUACUUUGUUUAAUCAAUAUAAAAUCCUUCAUUUACAACUUUAAUUUUAACACGUGUAUUUUAAUCAGUCCACAAAUGCAUUGUAUAUGCUUGUUUGAUGUUGUCUUGACACUGUCUUGGUGUUAUCCAGACUAUAGCAUAAAUAUGAAAUUUAAUAUGUUUGAUUCUCUGGAAUGGUGUCCAAAUAUGUCUCCCAAAAUCUUCAAAGUGUUUAAUAGAUUACCUACAUGCCACAAUCAUUGCUUUUUUUGAAAAAAAAUCCAUCUUUGCUUCCUGUAAUGUCCAUUUUAGAGUUCCCUGUGCCGUGACAGUCAAACCAUUUGUCGCAUUACUGCAUUCCAAUCCUUUAACACCCUGGGCACACCAAGCAUUCUAGCCAAGCAUCUUUUGCUGUGAAUGGUUGGGCCCUGGGGCAUGUUGUAGUACAGAAGGACUUUGAAGUUCAAGUACAUGGUAACCUGAAAGUGUUGUCACUGGUACAUAGGGUAGUGGAGAAGGUCUUGGCACCCUGGCCUUCAUCAAUCAUGGCAUUGAGCACAGAAGUUGGGGUGUUAUGUUGAAAUUGUAUGAAAUGUUGGUGGGCUGCACUUGGAGUAUUGUGUUCAGUGUUUGGCCACCCUGCUGUAGGAAAGAUGCCAUUAGGCUGGGAAGAAUGCAGUAAUAAUCUAUGAGACUUUUGCCAGGACUCGAGAAACUGGAUUACAGGGAGAGAUUAGGCAAGCUAGGACUUUAUUCCCUGGAGUGUAGGAGACUAAGUGGUGAUCUUAUUGAGGUCUGCAAAAUCAUGGAUAGAGUGAACACACACAGUCUUUCCCAGGGUUGGGGGAUUAACUCAAGGAAAUAGGUUUAAGAUGAGAUUGGAAAGAUUUAAUAGGAACCUGAGGGACAGCUUUUGCCCACAGAGGGUGGAGAGUAUAUGGAGUGAACCACCAGAGAAAGUGGUUGAAGCAGGUACUAUAACCACAUUUAAAAUAUAUUUGGCCAUUUACAAUGACAGGAAAGGUAUAAAGAGUUGUAGGUCAAAUGUGGGCAAAUGAUACUAGCUUGGAUGGGUAUCUUGGUUUGCAUAGAUGAAUUGGCAUGACUAUGACACUCUCCAUUUGAAGUUUCCACCUACCACCUGUGAAAGUGGAUGGAUAUCAUUCAACGGUUUUAUUUUACACCUUGGAAGGAAGGCAAGCAAUGUACCUGAGCAUUGUAGCCAAAUAUUAGUGUCUCCAGCAAUAAAAACAGAGAAUGAUGUAAACAUUCAGCAGGAAGAGUUAGAGGAACAGUUAUUGAUUCAGGUCCAAGUCCCUUCAUUAGAAUUGAGAAAGAGAACAAGUUGGUUGUGGAGAUGGGUGUUAGAGAUGAAUAAAACAAAAGGAAUUUCACUGGUAGGUGAGACUGAAUGACCUGCUGUGGCAGUUAAAGGGUCAUUAAGAGCAGAUUGAGUCAUCCAAUCUCAUUCCUGCUAACUAGAAUAUUUUGCUCCUCUCUUUCCAAAUUCUAGUGAAGCCUCUUGGACCUGAAACAUUAACUGUUUCUCUUUCAAAAACAAGAGAAACUGUUUCUCUUUCCUCAGAUGAUGUCUGACCCACUGAGUGUUAAAGCAUUUUCUGUUUUUAUUGCUGGAGACACCAAAUUUCCAUUCUUUUAAAUUUUCAUUGGCAUUUCCAGUGUGUCUUAUCUUGUGCUCUUAGCCCUGAAUGACAAACCAGUAUCUCAGAUUAAAUAUUACUCUUGAAUAGAGGAUCAUGAAUGUAUGGAGCACGUGAAAUGCUAUUUUCACCAAACUAUUCCAAUGGCUUCAACUUUUAAAUGGAAGCAGAAGUCAGUUUUGCAGUCAGGUAAGCUGAAAAUUUCAAGACGGAAAUCAAUAGAUUUUAGAUAAGAAUACAGUAACAAGGCAUGUAAAUGGAGUUCAGAUACAAAUUAGACAUAAAAUGCAAAUGGCAGAAUAGGUUUGAGUUGCAGAAUUAAUUACACCUGUUCCUAUAUUUUCAUGCUCUCUACUCCAGCCAGUGAUGAACAAGUUCAUGCUGUUCCAGUACAUAGUUUAGGCUAUCUUGUAUGACUGUGUCAUAGAGAUGAGAUCUGUCAGAAAUUUGCAUAUAUUGAUAUGAAUGUCAAUCUUACCCUUGCUCCUCUCACCUCAUUCAUUCCUAAUUCCCAUUGUCAGUCUAUGGAAUUAUGUGAGUGGAUCUGAUAUAAUCCAAGUUUAAUGCUUGCUUUAGAAAAGGAGGCAUCCUUAUAGUCCUUGGAUACCAGUAGUUUGAACUGACCACUACUAGAACACAACUGGUUCUUGAUUUGGUACCUGGAUAGAAUGUUUUAUUUCAAUGGUUUAGCCACCACUUUGAGGCAUGCAGGAGUCAGUAAUUUAGACUUAAUUAUUCUCCCAAUUUUGGGAGAAUUGACAAGAAGCUGUGACAAAUAUCAAUAAAGGUUAUUGUAAAUUCCUGUA